AUGACUGAAGUGGAUUUAAGGAUGCCUGGUAGCCCAUUUUCUCUUUCUUUUGCAGGUGGUGGUUAUCUGGUAGUUUAUGAGAUUGGUGUAGUCCAGAGCCUGUUGGAACAAGCACCUGAAAUUGUGAGAUCUGCAUCAAAGGUCUAUGGAGCAUCAGCGGGAUCACUCAUUGCAGCUUCUGUGGUGUGUGAAUGUUGCCUUGAUGAUCUAAAAAUGAAUUUCUACACUAUUGCACAAGAUGUGAGAAGAAGCAUUCUUGGUCCCUUAACCCAUGGAUACAGCAUCAUUCGGACUAUACAGAAGCACUUGUACCAAAGUAUGCCGGAAAACUCUCACCAGAUGGCCACAGGAAGGCUUUUUAUUUCCCUCACCCGUGCAGCGGAUGGUCAAAAUGUCAUCGUUUCAGAGUACAGUUCCAAAGAAGAGCUUAUUCAGGCAUUGAUCUGCAGCUGCUUUGUUCCUAUAUAUUUUGGAUUUAUCCCUCCUUCCUUCCGAGGUGUGCGGUAUGUCGAUGGAGGAUUUUCUAGCCUACAGCCUUAUUCUGACUUGGAGACUGUCAUCACAGUGUCUCCUUUUACGGGAGAGAUUGACAUUUGUCCUCGAGACUGCCCAGCCAUCUUUUACAGUGUGAAUGUAAAUACUAGCCUCCACAUAUCUAUGGAAAACUUGGGCCGGUUAUGGCACGCCUUUUCCCCACCCAGUUGCCAGGAUUUGCAAAAUAUAUAUUUACAAGGAUAUCAAGAUGCCAUUGUCUUCUUACACAGAAACAAUAUUUUUGGACUCGAUAAUCUUGUGAAGACACUGAAAUGUGAGUUAGUCAGCAGAUUCCAUACAAAGGAUUUGCUCCAUACCCAUGAAGAAGCUUCCAGCCAAGAUUCAGGGAUGGGAGUCCUCAAAACCGCUAAGGAGAUCAUUUCUAAGCAAUCUAAUUCUGCGAAUGGCAAACUAAGCAGAACAGACAAGAGACAGUUAGAGCAACUGUCACUGCAUUGCCCAAAAGCUUUAGGUGUACUGCACACGAAAAAGAGGUAUGGAUUGCUGAAUUCCAUAACUGAAUUUAUGUCAAAGCAUCUCAUAUCUUUUGGCAAAAGCAUAGAACAGCUGUGGUAUUUUUGGAGGAAAUCAGCUGAAGACAGAACUUCAAAAGAGGGUUCGUCAAACAGGAAGUGCAAAGCGAAGCUGCAAGCUGGUAUAAAUGAAAAAUAAAACCCUGCACCCACCAGGAACUCUCACGGUAGUCCGAGCAAGAACAUAUUCUAAGCCUUCACCACUUCUCCAAUCAGGAAGAUGGCAGGCUAUCCUUAUGAGCCAUCUUUGAAGCUGUAGUCAAGUAGACCCCCUCUCUCUGAGGCCAGGUGGAUAUGGCAGCAGAAAAGCAGAAACCAUUCUUCAAAGAUUCUCAACCAGGUGGAAUCCUAGCACCACUUCAGAUGCCUCUUUGUGUAUAGAGGACACCAUGUUCUGUUCCCAGGAAUGAAAAGUGCACUGCCAGUUAGAAUUCUAUUGCUGACAGUUUCCCCCUGCUCCUCACCAGAACUAGUACAAAGUUCUUGAAAGUUUCAUGCCUGUUUUUCACAUUAUAUUGGAACCAAAUAUGAGAUACGUUGCUAUAAAGAAAUGUUUACAUCUAUUUUUCUUUCAUAGGCAACUGCUGUGAACAUGUUCCUUGCCAUACUAAACUACAAGAGACCUCACCAUGACUCU